AUGAAUAGUGAAAUGUCUCGCUACAUCCUUCUUUUUUCCGAUUAUACACAAAUACCUAGUAAUGACAAAGAAUGCUUCUGGUGUCCCACCAAAAGGCUUAAACUUCUCCAUGAAUCCGAUCAAGAAGAAACAGAAGAAAUGGCUGUGAAAAAAGAUAAAAAACUACAGAUCAGUGAUCUGAAUCUGGACCAGAAUGCACUCCCUCAAGGUAGAUGCCUUCCUACAAUACAGCAAGAGCUUCCCUCCCACCCGCGAGAGAGGACAAAGUUCAAAUUUACCACUUUGAAGAACGUUUAUAGAUUUGUUCUCCAGGUGAAAACACAUUUUGGAAAAUUACUGUUCAAACCGGAAAGCUUGGUACGUGUCGAGGCCGCGGUGAAGGCCCAGACGUUGGAAAACGCGCCGGCGGCCGCCUGCUUUACGGCGUCCGGGCCGGCGGCCAUGGCCCGGAGUAACGCUCCGAGCACCGCGCUCAUCGCCGAGACGCGGCAGCGCUUCGAGGCGGAGUUCGUGAGGGAGCGGCCCGAGCAGUACGACCCCCGCGACGUGGCGCGGCUGCGGCGGGACGACGGCUGGGUGGCGCGCUACCUGGCGUGGCGGCACAACGCGGUGGACGAGGCGCUGAGGACGCUGGACGCGAGCCUGCGCUGGCGGCGGGAGAUGGCGGUGCGCGACCUGGACGAGUCCUGCGUCCCGCGCGCGCUGCUGGAGGCGGGCGGCGUGUACCUGCACGGCCGCGACCGCGAGGGCCACCGGCUGCUCUGGAUCCGCGGCAGGUGCCACGCGCGGGACCCGCGGGCCGGGCCCGGCCAGAAGCGGCUGCUGGCGCUGUGGCUGGAGCGGCACUGGCGGCGCGCGGGCGGGCGCCUCACCGUCCUGCUCGACCUGUCUGCGGCGGGCCUGCCCUGCCUGGACCUGGGCUUCGCGCGCUUCCUCGCCAGCUGCUUCCGCGUCUACUACCCCGACUGUGUGGCCAGGGUGGUGGUCUUCGACCUGCCGUGGCUCCUGCACGCGGCCUUCCGCGUGCUGCGCGCCUGCCUGGGCGCCGAGGCGCUGGGGCGGCUCACGCUGGCGGGCCGCCGCGAGCUGCGCGCCUACGUGGGCGCUGAGUACCUGCCGCCGCACAUGGGCGGCACUGACGCCUUCCGCUACUGCUAUCCGCCGGGCGGCGACAGCGACAGCAGCAGCGAGGGUGCAUGGGAGAGCGUGUCCAGCGGGGUGCCCGGCGCGGGGGGUGCGUGGGAGGGCGCGUCCAGCCCGGAGGCCUUGCCGCGGAGCCCCCCAAGCGUGUUUCGGGGGCCGCUGCUGCACGUCAGCCCGGGGGACGCGCUGUGUUUCGGGGGCCCCGGAGAGAACUCACUCAUCACGCUGACAAACGUGACCCAAAACCCCGUGGCCUUCCGCGUGCGGCCCACGGCCCCCGAGAAGUUCCGCGUGCGGCCGGGCAGCAGCAGCUGCGAGCCGGGCGCUACUGUGGCCGUGGCUGUGUCCCCCCGUGGCGCGCUCACGACCUCCGUGCACGACCGCUUCCUCGUGACGGCCGCGGAGAUGGACCAGCCUGGAGGCACAGGCCUGCCUCAGCUCGGCCGGUUCUGGAAGGAGGUGCCCAGGAGCAAAGUGAUGGAGCACCGGCUGCACUGCCACGUGACCGGGACCACCGGGCCCAGCGUGCCCCGGGAGCACCCCGGGACCGCCAACCCGCCGCCCGCAGAGGACGUAGCGCUGCAGCUCCGCCUUGUGCUGGAGAGCCACCAGCGACUGCAGGGUCAGGUCCAGCGCUGCCUCUGGCUGCAGCAGCUGGGGCUCUCGGUGACAGUGCUCUCACUCACCUUCAUCAUCUCCUUCUUCUACUUGCUAUACAGCUAA